AUGAGGUGUGCUCUUGUAGAUGUGGAGAGGGGUAACCUAAAAUUUAGAAUGAAUGAUGAAGAAGUCACUUUCCAUAUUUGCAAGUCAAUGAAACAACCGGCGGAUAUAAGUGUUGUAUCGGUUAUUGAUACAAUCGAUGAAGCCAUGGAUACAACAGUUGAGCAUGAACUUGUGGGUGAUAUGUUGGUGGCGGUCAUAAUGAACUAUGAGGGGGAAGAUAAAGAAGUGUUCGAGGAGACAGUUAAUGCAUUGAUUGGGUUGGGGUCAUACCACUACAAUCCAAAUAAGCUUGAUCUUGAUUUAGAAAACCGAGCAACUCCUCCCGUAAAGCCCUCUAUUAUUGAGCCUUCUACUCUGGAACUCAAACCUCUCCCUUUACACUUGAGGUAUGAAUUCCUUGGUCCUAACAACACGUUGCCUGUGAUUAUUUCCGCCCGGUUGAUGGAUGAGCAAAGAGAAAUAUUGUUAGUAAUCUUGAGAAGAUACAAAAAAGCUAUUGGUUGGUGUAUUGCAGAUAGCCAAGGGAUUCCGCCCGUUAUUUGUACUCAUAAAAUUCAACUUGAUGAAGAAUGUGAGCUAAAUGUUGAACAUCAAAGGAGGUUGAAUCCUCCUAUGCAAGAGGUUGUGAAGAUCGAAAUCAUCGAGUGGUUAGAUGUCGGUGUUGUGUACCUUUUAUAUCGGAUAGCUCUUGGGUUAGUCCGGUUGAUGCGUAUCCAAAAAGGGUGGAAUCACCGUGGCUUGCGGGAAGGGAUUAUUAUUGCUUUCUUGAUGGCUAUUCUGGGUACAAUCGAAUCACCAUUGCUCCCGAGGAUGAAGAGAAAAUCACUUUCACUUGUCCUUAUGGGACCUUUGCUUUUAAAAGGAUGCCCUUUGGGCUAUUUAAUGCACCCGACACUUUCCAAACAUUGUAUGAUGUCUAUUUUCUCUGACAUGAUUGAGGAGUCCAUUGAAAUCUUCAUGGACGACUUUUGCGUGGCGGGGGAUUCCUUUGAUGAAUGCUUGGAGAAUCUUACCCAAGUAUUGAAAAGAUGUGAAGAGACGAACUUGGUUCUAAAUUGGGAGAAGUGUCACUUCAUGGUUAGUGAAGGCAUUGUCUUAGGACACAAGAUUUUGGAAAAGGGGCUUGAGGUUGAUCAAGCUAAAAUUGAGGUUGUUGUCAAGCUUCCUCCCCCGAUCUCCGUCAAAGGUGUUCGUAGCUUCCUUGGGCAUGCCGGAUUUUAUAGAAGAUUCAUCAAGGAUUUCUCGAAGAUAGCCAACCCAUUAUGCAAGUUGUUGGAGAAGGAGUCGAAGUUUGUAUUUGAUGAUGCUUGUUUGAAGGCAUUUGAGGGCUUGAAAGAGAGACUAACAUCGGCUCCUACCAUCAUUGCUUCGGAUUGGUCUCAACCCUUUGAGUUGAUGUGUGAUGCAAACGGAUAUGACAUGGGGGCCGUUCUUGGCUAA